CCCAAACAACCGCAUCCCGCCUUCGCGCGCCCCCCCCUGGCCCCGCGCCGGGCAGAGUCGGAGGGAGGGAGGGAGGGCGGGCAGCCUGUCAGGGGCGUGGCCUCCGCUGUCGUCCGGGGGGCGGGGCAGACUCCUCUUCCGGGCGGGAAAGACGAGCGGCGCCGCGGCGGUGGCGGCCCCGAAGCAGCAGCAGCAGCAGCAGCGCCCCCCCGGCCCCGGCCCCGGCCCCGGCGGGGGCGUCGUCGUCGUCGUCCCCGCCCCCUUCUUCGUGGCUGGCCUGGCGGGGGGAGGAGGAGGGGCGAUGUCCCGGCAGACCGGAGCGGAGAGCGGGGGGGGCCGCCCCCUGCCGAGGCCCCCCCGCCGCUUGUCAUCUUCAGACAGUGAUGAUGAAUUUGAAAAGUUUUUAUCAAGAUUGAGGACUCCCAAGCCUACAACGUGUUGCACUCCAAGGGCGGGAAAUGACAGUUUGAAUGACUCCAAGGACCACCAGCAUCUCCUCAGUAAGAAAGUGUUUAGUGACAGUGAUGACGAUUGUGUCUUUGGCAAACACUCUCCAAGGAAUCCGUGCCAGUCUGCCCAGGUGGGCUGCCAGAAGGAGAACCGGCGGGGCACGCUCUCUGCCCCUUCACGGGCAAAGCCUCUUUCGUCCAGGGGCAGGAAAAAGCCUUCCCGAAGUGUGGAAGUAGAAGGAGGUUCCACAAAGGAGCGCAGUCAAGGCCAAGCCCAGCGAACGAGGCCAAGUGUUGUGUUUGGCUGUGAUAGCUCUGAUGAUGAGGUUAACAGUCUCAUUGUUCGUGUAAAGCAAAGAAUGGUCUUCCUUGACACCAAGAGCUCUGACGACCAAACUGGCACCACUGGACAGAGAGGCUUCCGGUCUUCCUGUGAAAUUAUCCCAGCCACUACAAAGUAUGAGACCACUGCUGGGGGACAGUUCAACUCUCCUGUUCCCGUGCAGCAUCCCAAGAGCCAGGUGCUAACUGAUGCCAUUCAGCUGUCGCGGAUGCCAGUGAGGUUCCAAGGGCCAGUUCAAAUACCAGAAGCACUCACAGAUGCCGAACAUAGCCCCACAGUCACAAGAACAGAUGGGAGUGCCUGCCAGGUCGAGGGCUGCUUCUUGCAAGAGCUUUCAGAUCCCAAGUCCCAGCGAGCCAAAGAGUUCCAAACCAAGAAGGAAGAAAUGGCACAGCGCCUCUACGCUUUCUAUAACCGCACGGUGUUUGAGCAAAAGUUGCCAGAAAAGAUGGAAAUCAACUGGAAUAAGAAGAUGCGGAAAACAGCAGGGUGCUGUCUGACGGGAGAGCUGAAGGAACCAAACUUGGGGCAGCGGUAUGCCCGGAUAAUGCUGUCAGAGAAAGUUUGUGACUCAGCAGAUAGGCUUCGGGACACCAUGAUCCACGAACUGUGCCAUGCAGCCGCAUGGCUCAUCCACGGUGUUCAAGACGGGCAUGGCCGGAUUUGGAGUUUAUAUGCUAAAAAGUCUUCCUUUAUCCACCCAGAGUUACCUGUGGUGUCACGAUGUCACAACUAUGAGAUUAAAUACAAGUUUACCUAUGAGUGUUCUCAAUGCCAAAACACGAUUGGCCGUCAUUCCAAAUCCCUGGACACGCAGCGCUUUGUCUGCGCACUGUGUAAGGGGCAGCUGGUGCUACAGCAGGCCAGGCGGAAGGAUGGGACGCCGGCUCAAGCACCACUAACUCCUUUUGCAAAGUAUGUGAAAGAAAACUAUGCUGAUGCUAAGCAGUUGCAGCCGGGGCUGAACCACGGAGCCAUCAUGAGGAAACUCAGCGCUGACUUUGCAUCUCGACCAUGACCGGCUUGGCUGUUCGAGAUCCACGCUGCAUGUGUCUGUGAUGAAAGCAGAGCCCUCUGGCAAAAGUGCGCAGCAGUCUUUCCAGAGACAAGCAUUCUCGAAUUGCUGUGUAAUUUUUUUAUUCCUGAGGUUUUAUUCCUGAGGUUUUUAAAUAUGUAUGGAGUUGAACAAAAUAAAAUUGAUUGCUUGUGCCUUC